GACUUAUCAAAACAUCCACAAAUGACGGGUCAACCCCCUCAGUCCUUACAACAACAAGUCCAUCAAACCGUUCAAAGUAAUGACACGCCAAAACACUCAGAUUUCAUUCAACAAAUUAUUAACUCAGGGUUCGGAAAAGCUCAACACUCACAACAAAACGCUUCACCACUUUUCCAAAACAAGAACUCGGCUGCUUUACGUAAAACACCACCAGCACAAAAGUCUGAAGAAAAGGGUGUAAAUAGCCCACAAAAUGUCCCACAAAGUCAACAGUUACAAAUACCACAACUGGCCCCCAUUCAACAACAAGAAGUUUCGCAACAACCCCAACCAAGUGCUCCACAACAAAGUCCACAAAAACCAAUUGAAGACCUCAAACCAACUCAAAGUGCUCCAAAACCUCGGAACAAAUCUGCCUUUGCGUCCGCGAGAAUCACUUCAAGACCAAUGCAAAAAACAACGGAAGUGCACGACACCGCAUUACAAGUACUGAUUAUGCCUUGUAUUACAGAAUCAAUGAGUGAUGCGCAAAAAAUCGUUUCGUUACAGAGAAGAGUCGACGCACUCAUUGCAAAAGCGGUUGAACAAGACAGACUCAUUUUCGACUUACAGAAGCGUAACAAAGACCCCAACGCACCAGAGACACCGUCACAAGACGACGCGUCCGAAGAACUUACUAAAAAGGGCUUUGUUGGAAGACCAAACCGCCCCAAAACCACUUUUCUUGGAAGAGGAAGACCACCAAUCCCACUAGCACAGCCAGAAGAAGCGAAUUGA